AGAUGAGCAAAAAGAAGCAAUUCUUGGCCAAGGACCCCAUAUCACAUAUGAAGGGAUAAGGAAAAAUCUGAGAGAACUCGGGAGGUUUUCCUUUGCUUGAAAUGAACCUACCAAAACUGAGUUUCAGAAUCAUACAGCAAAAGAAUGCUAAUUUAUGGCUCAACUACUCCAAUUCUACUUAAUACAAUCAACACCAACAACAAGAAGGCUAAUGGCAUCAUCAUCAGAAGCACUUCCCAGUUUGCAAGAGCAAGCAGAAGUUGCAUUGUAGCAACUGCAGGGUUGCUUGCAACUGCUGCAGUGUUAGCUUCAGCUGCAUCAAUAGGUCUUGCAAUCGAGUCCCCUGAACAAGGUGAUACUCUAGCCAACAUACCGCAGACGCUAUCCGGUGAGUGCAUUUUGCCCAAGGAUUGCAAGAAAGCUCGGAUUCAAAAGCCGAAAUCAAGAAAAGCGGAGUCUUGCACAAUCAAGUGUGUAACUACUUGUAUCAGGGGGGGCGAGGGAUCGCCCGGUGAAGGCCCCUUCAAUGUCAGAAGACCUAUAGUUGUUUUCAAGCAAGGCUUCCGAAGCCGUCAAUACUGUUUGGUGGAGUGCUCAGAUAUAUGUAAUCUGAUUCGAGAUGGUGACGAUGGGCCUUAAUUGAAACUAUAAAUUUUUGUAAUCAGCUAGCAAUUGUAUAGUCCUUAGUUUUAUGCUCGUUAUCGAAGAAAAGAUCUGUUCCUCGAGAAUUUCUAGAUUUUUAUUCAAAGUUUAAACACUGUCAAUUUACUUCUGUUACUCGUGAACCCCUUGGCUUAGGUAUUAGUAGCUGAUAUAUGCUUGAAAAUCCCUUUUGGUUGCGGUUGGGCGCGGCUAGUAAUUUCUUGUAUUGCAAGUGCAUGUUCUCAAAGAUGAAUUUAUCAUGUUGUGUUGGAAUGCUA